AUGGCGCUAACCUCGACUUUAUUUAAAUUUUACAAGGGGCUUUGUUUAAGAAAUAAAGAAAUAACAUCACGCUUUUGUAGUGCUGUACAGCAUGCAAACGAUGCUAACACUCUUCUGGCGGUGAGAGAAAAAAACAAAAUGAAGUAUUAAAUCCUGCUGGUGAAGAUUUGUCGACCAUAACACCUCACUUUUCUAAUACUUUUAAUUUAGCAGCAUAUAUUAACCAAUCUGAAACACUGAAAAAUUUAGUUGAUUUAAAUGUUAACAUAAGUAAAAUUGAAAAGAAACCUUACAUAGUGGAAAGAUUUUUGAAAUUAGAUUUUGAAAAGGAUAUGAAGAACCAUAUAAUAUUUCUCAAUAACUAUAUUGAUAUGGAAGAUAUAGGCAAUUUCUUAACAAAAAAUCCAAUGAUUCUCUGUGAACCAUUGGAAGACCUCCAAAUACGAGUUAAUUAUUUGUACGCCAAAAGUUUUGAAGAAAGUCAAAUUCAGAGGAUUAUUAUGAAAAAUCCUUUCUGGUUGUUGUUUAGUACGAUAAGGAUAGACAAAAGAUUAGGAUUCUUUCAAGAAAGUCUUAACUUAUGUGGCAAGGAAGUAAGAGAUUUGGCAACCAAGCAACCUAAGCUAAUAACCUACAAUAUACAUAGUGUAAAAUGUAAUAUCUUUGUAAUAAAAGAGGAAAUGGGCUUUGAAGACACAGAAGUGAAAGAAUUAGUUUUACACAAACCAAAACUUUUAAUGUUGAAUCAGCGGUCCCUGUUUGAAAGAUUCAAUUACAUCCACAAUGUAAUGAAAAUUUCACAUCAAACAAUCAAACAAAACCCUGAAAUAUUAAUGUGUAGAAAGUUUAGAAUAAGACAAAGACAUUUAUUUUUAGAAAAAUUGGGUCGCUCGCAAUAUGAUCCUAAGAAAGAAAAUUAUAUUCCAAUUAAAUCUCUAGUUGAAGAUUCAGAUAUAGACUUUUGCAAAAAUUUUGCAAAAUGUGGUAUCAAUGACUUUAAUAGUUUUUUGAAGACUUUAUAA